AUGGAUUCUAAUAUUUCCAACGGUGAAAAGUCCAAGAAAAGGAUACGGGUUGCCUGUGAUAAUUGCCGUCGCAAAAAGAUUAAAUGUGAUGGGCAGUAUCCAUGUGCAAAUUGUCAACAGUCAAAUGGAUCUGUAUGUAAUUAUAAAGAAAGACAAGAAAGAAGAACAAAAUCCCCAAGGAUCUCUAGGAGUGAGGCCAAUACAAAGACGAUAGAGGUUCUUAAUACGAGAUUGUCAAAACUUGAAAAUGUUAUCUUAAAUCUCGCAGAAAAGCUUGAACCAAUAAGCCAUCUGAGCUCAAAAAAGUCUAAUGACAAACGAAUAAACGAGAAGAAGGAAGAAACGGUAGAACGUGAAGAAGAAGAAGAGAACGAUGAUGACGAAGAUGACGAAUUAACUUCCAUUGAAUAUGGUAAUGAAGGGGAAUCGGUUACUGAAGGCGAUGAAGGGGAACAAGACUAUAAGCCAACAGAUAAGGAUAAAGGCAAGAGUAAUAAUAGAUGGAGCUAUGCUCCUCAGCGUUUAGAGCACUUCUUUGGUACCCACUCAGUAAUAU